AUGCAUUCAGGCCUGUUGCUGAUCAACUUUCUGUCCUUGGCCUUUGCCGCCCCGUCAGCCAAGCGGGCCGAGCCAGCGCCAUUGCUCAGCCCAAGGGGAGAACUCAUUGCCAACAAGUACAUUGUCAAAUACAAGGAGACCUUUUCCAUCUCCUCUGCCGACAAUGUGCUCAAGGCGCACAACGCCGAGGCUGAGAGGACUUACUCCAACAUCUUCAAGGGGUUUGCGGGCCGUUUGAACGCUACAGCCGUUGAGCAGCUUCGCCAUCACCCUGAUGUUGAUUACAUUGAAAAGGACGCCACCAUCAGAAUCAAUGCUUACGUCGAGCAACCAGGAGCGCCAUGGGGCUUGGCUCGCGUUUCUCACCGCCAGAGCGGAAGUCGUACCUACAACUACGACAACAGUGCCGGUGCAGGUACCUGCUCCUACGUCAUUGACACUGGUGUCGAUGCCUCUCAUCCGGAGUUCGAGGGUCGAGCAAAAUUCCUCCGAUCCUUUAUCAGCGGAGAGAACUCUGACGGAAACGGCCAUGGAACCCAUGUCGCUGGAACCAUUGGCAGCCGCAGUUACGGCGUAGCCAAGAAGACCAACAUCUACGGAAUCAAGGUCCUCAGCAACCAGGGUUCCGGUUCGACUUCCGGUAUCCUCUCCGGAAUGGACUAUGCAAUCCAAGAUUCACGACAGAGAAGCUGCCCCAAGGGCGUCGUUGCCAACAUGAGCUUGGGAGGCGGCUACUCUGCUUCUCUUAACCAGGCUGCCGCCAAGAUGAUCCAGUCUGGUGUUUUCCUCGCUGUUGCUGCCGGAAACGACGCCAGAGAUGCCGCGAACACUUCUCCUGCCUCCGAGCCCAGUGUCUGCACUGUUGGUGCUACUGAUUCUUCCGACAACCUCUCCUCGUUCUCCAACUACGGACGAGUUGUCGAUAUUCUUGCUCCUGGAAGUGGUAUUCUUUCCACCUGGCCCGGUGGCGGUACCAACUCCAUUUCUGGUACCUCCAUGGCUACCCCCCAUGUUGUUGGUCUUGCUGCCUACCUGGCUUCUUUGGAGGGUUUCCCCGGUGCGCAGGCUCUCUGUGAGAGAAUCCGCACUCUUGCUACCAAGAAUGCCAUCCGCCGCGUUCCCAGCGGAACUGUUAACCUGCUUGCUUUCAACGGCAACCCUUCAGGUUAA